AUGGAUCGCGCCAAGAAACGUCUCUUCGCCGUGAACAAGUCCCUCGACUCGUCGUUGAAAAAGAACACCGCCUUUAUCCGGCGACUACGAACGGCCAUUUCCUCUUCGACCCUCAGCUCCCUCCUGCAAGAAAUCGCGUCGCUCAGCCUAAGCAAGUACCUGUCCGAGAUCGUUUCCGCAUGCUACGAAGGACUCUCGCGCCUCAAGACCCCGGCCGACAUUGAAGCCGGCGUCGAGAUUGUAUCGGCCCUCCACCAGCGUUUCGGCCCCGCCGACUUCACUGAAUACCUAGGAUGGCUGUUGGGUAAGGGAAUGGCGCCGCCCGACAAGAAUCAGCUCAAGACGCUAUCGGCUGAAGCUCGUGAGAGGGACGAGAAGGAGCGUCUUACUCUGCAGCGGGUUCUGCUGCGAAUCGUCACGGAGCUAUGGCUUGUGGGUGUGCUCCGGACACCGGAGGAUGUCAAUCGGCCGGACGAUACGACCAAGGGCGCCAUUGGUAAGACCACAGAAGUCAAGUUCCGCACCAGCACCUCGGCCAAAGGCAACUCUACGGAGCCCUUCCCCCUAGCUGUUCUCAAAGACCUUCUCGGCCACGACCGCGAUCACACGAAUCUGCCGCUUCUCGUUACUUUUGCCAAGACCUUCAGCUGGGACAUUUUGGGCACGAGCGGUGUGAGUUCCGAGGAUCGGAAGGACGAUGGCGUCAAUGGUGGCCUCAGGACGGAAACUAGUGAGCAUGCUGCUACCGACAAAGGAGACAAUGAGCUCGACGGCGAAGACAAUGAUACGACCAACCCGGGCGACGAGGGUUCAGGUGCACCGGGUGACUCUUCGAACACGACCGCGACUGGCGAUUCGCCCAUUGCACCUCCAGAGCUCCAGGAGAAAUUCAGAAACAUCCUCACUCGAUACUUUGAAGACGUCAAGGGACACUUGGUCCGUGACCAAAAAGCCAUCUCCAGCCAGUCCCGCCGCAACGCAGAAGCCUAUGUUAAAUCGGGUGAAGUCUUUGAGGACCGCCAAUCCCAUUUCGAAAAGCAAGUCAAGGCCCAGGAACGGUUGGUUUCCAAUGCCCAGGUCAUUGCCGACAUCAUCGGUGCCGAAAUGCCUGACCUCAAGGACGGUGACGAUGGCCAUCUGGCUGCUGGUGGCUCGAUUGGCAUUGUCAAGGCUGGCGAUUAUUCCCGCGGCCAAGGCGAAGGAUCUGGUAUCUGGGAGGACGAAGAAGAGCGCCGCUUCUACGAGAACCUUGUGGAUCUCAAGGGCAAAGUUCCUGCCAUUCUGCUCGAGGACGGCAAGAAAAAGAAGACUGACAGCGACGAACAAGUUGGCAAAAAGGUCGAUCCCGCCGUCGAUGGUGUAGAAUCGUCCAAGGCUGCCGAGGUUUCAACCGCGGCGGCACCCGCCGACGACGACCAGUCGACGUCAAUCGUGAAUAAGAGCAUCGGUGCCCAGGUUGACUCAAUUCUUCUUCGACUUCCCGAUUUGACAAACAAAGAAGCCAUCGAUCAGACUGCUAUUGACUUCUGUUUCCUCAACUCCAAGGCAUCCCGAAACCGGCUUGUCAAGGCACUGACCGAGGUGCCCAAGGGCCGCAGUGACCUCCUGCCUUGUUGGUCCCGCCUCGUUGCCACCCUCGGCCAAUACAUGCCUGAUAUACCCAAAGGCUUGGUUGAAUAUCUCGAUGCAGAAUUCCGUAGUCUGCAGCGGCGCAAGGAGAAGGACUUUCUUGGCCCUGUGCGGCUCAGCAACAUCCGCUACUUGGCCGAGCUGACCAAGUUUGGCAUCGUGCCAGAGCAUGUUGUGUUUCACUGCCUCAAGGUCAGCCUUGACGAUUUCUCGCGUAUGAAUAUUGAGAUAAUAUCCAAUCUCCUCGAAAACUGCGGCCGAUACUUGCUGCGCAACCCGGAGACGUCACCCCGAAUGUCAUCGUUUUUGGAGACGCUCCAGCGGAAGAAAUCAAUGCAGCACAUCGGGCAGACGGAACGCAUGCUCAUCGAGAACGCUGUGUACUACGUCGAUCCACCAGAGCGCACGGCGGUCCAGCAGAAAGAGAGAACACCUAUGGAUAUUUUCAUCCGCAAGCUGGUCUAUGUUGAUCUGUGCAAGCGCAAUGCGAAUAAGAUUCUAAGGCAAAUCCAAAAGCUGCACUGGGAGGAGGCAGAGGUCGUUCACACUCUACGCAAGGUGUUUUGUCGCCCUAGCAAAGUCAAGUACGGGAACAUCCACCUUCUUGCGGGUCUCCUUGGUGCUCUUUACCGGCACCAUUCGGCUUUUGUCAUUGACAUCGUCGACGACGUGAUCGAGUCGAUUACUUUUGGUUUGGAGCAAAACGACUUUCGGAUGAACCAGAAGCGACUGGCCGAGGUCAAGUAUCUUGGCGAGUUCUACACGUACCGUCUGCUUGAGCAUCCGGUCGUCUUUGACAUGAUGUAUAGAAUCCUGACUCUUGGCCAUGGUGGUCCCCCCGCCCCUGGUCGUAUCAAUCCCAUUGAUCUUCCGGAUGAGUACUUCCGUAUCCGGCUCGUUGCUACUCUUCUUGAGACUACCGGAACGUACUUCAACAAGGGUGCAGCUGGAAAGAAGCUGGAUUACUUUCUGUCUUUCUUCCAGUACUACAUCUUUACGAAGAACCCUCUUCCCAUGGACAUUGAGUUUAUCGUUCAGGACAUAUUUGCCCUUCUUCGGCCUCAGUGGAGACUGGCAACGAACUUUGACGACGCUUUCAAAGUGUUCCAGCUUGCCGUGGCCCAAGACCAGAAGGCCACCGGCGCCGACAAAGUGGUGGAACAAUAUGACGGGGCGGCAUCUGACGACGAGUCGUCGGAAGAUGAGAUCGACAACGCCGACGACCUAGCCGUUGGAGAUGCGGAGGUCGACGACGAUCUGUCUUCGGUCGAUGAGGUAGGAGAGGACGAUGGUGAUAGACAAGAUUCCGAUGAUCACAGCGAGUCUGAAGACGAAGAGAUUGUUGUGACGCGUGAGGAGGAGGAGAUUGAUCCCGAGGACGAGGCCGAAUUUGAACGCGAGUACGCUAGGAUGAUGGCAGAGAGCUUGGAGACACGCAAAUUCGACCGGAAGCCCAUGUUCGACGUGGCUCUCCCGGUGCGCCAAAAGACCCGCGAAGCGACAUCCACUGCUACUGAUACAAACGGCGGUGCUGGAAAUGGGGACGACAACGCCCCGUCAUCAACAAUGGCGUUCUCUCUCUUGACAAAGAAGGGUAACCGCCAGCAAACUCGUACGCUGGAGCUUCCUUCCGACUCUGAGUUUGCGGUAGCUAUGAGAAACCAGCAACAGGCAGAAAAGGAAGAACAGCAGCGCAUCAAGAACCUGGUCCUGAAUCUCGAUCUUAGAGAGAGUGACGAGACAGAUGGUAAGGCUUGA